AUGCGUCUUAUUUAUUUUUCUGCCAAAUGGCAUUUGAAUAAUUUAUUGCAUCUUAUUUUAUUCCUCAUACUAUGUUGUAAGGUGUUAGAAGGUAUUCAACAUGACUCUGAAUGUUCAGAGGAUUCAAGUGAUGAAGAGUGUAUUAAUCCAAUACAUACUGUCUUAACUCUAGUCAAAAGAGAUGAUGGUUUGGCAGAGAUUAUUGCUAAACAACAUGGAAUGUAUAUUAAGGGACGACCAUUUUUAGAAGCAAGUUAUUUCUUAGAACAUACUAAUCAGUAUCAUUAUCGAAGAAAGAGAUCUAUAAUACAUGAAUCAAUUAGUAAACAUCCUGAUGUUGUAUCAAUAACUUCUGAUCAUCAAAGAAAAAGAGUUAAAAGAGGAUAUUUAUAUGAAGAUAAUGUAAAACCAUUUAAUGGUCCAGAGUUUGAUGGAUCAUAUAAUAUUAGAAAAAAAAGAGAUAAUAAUUUGGAGAUACCUUCACUUCCAUUUAGAGAUCCACUUUAUAAAGAUCAAUGGUAUUUAAUUGGAAAAGCAGUUGGUGGUUAUGAUAUGAAUGUUCGUGAAGCAUGGUUAAUGGGAUAUGCUGGGAGAAAUGUUAGUAUUUCAAUUCUUGAUGAUGGUAUACAAUUAGAUCAUCCUGAUUUAUCUAAAAAUUAUGAUCCAUUAGCUUCAACUGAUAUUAAUAGUGGUGAUGAUGAUCCAACACCACAAAAUAAUGGUGAUAAUAAACAUGGAACAAGAUGUGCUGGUGAAGUUUCUGCUAUUGCCAAUAACAAUCAUUGUGGAGUAGGUGUUGCUUUUAAAUCAAAAAUUGGUGGUGUUCGAAUGUUAGAUGGACCAGUUAGUGAUGCAGUUGAGGCUGCAGCAUUGUCAUUAAAUCAAGAUCAUAUUGAUAUAUAUUCUGCCUCCUGGGGACCAGAAGAUGAUGGUAGAACAUUUGAUGGGCCUGGUCCAAAAGCAAGACAAGCUUUUUAUCGUGGUGUAAAAAAAGGUAGAAAUGGAAAAGGUAACAUUUUUGUAUGGGCCAGUGGUAAUGGAGGUUCUAAACAAGAUUCAUGUUCUGCUGAUGGUUAUACUACUUCUAUUUAUACAUUAUCUAUUUCUUCAGCAACUUAUCAUAAUAGUAGACCAUGGUAUCUUGAAGAAUGCCCAUCAACUAUUGCUACUACAUACUCAUCUGCUUCUAUAAAUCAACCAGCUAUUGUUACUGUAGAUGUUCCACAAGGAUGUACUAAAUCUCAUACAGGUACAUCUGCAUCAGCACCAAUUGCUGCUGGUAUUAUUGCAUUAGCUUUAGAGGCAAAUCCAUCAUUAACCUGGAGAGAUAUGCAACAUAUUGUAUUACGGACAGCCAAUCCAACACCAUUAUUAAAUAAUCCUGGUUGGAGUAUUAAUGGUGUUGGUAGAAGAAUAUCUAAUCAAUUUGGAUAUGGUUUAAUGGAUGCUGGAGCAAUUGUAAAAUUAUCAAAAGUAUGGAAAACUGUUCCUGAACAACAUUUAUGUACCUAUAAAUAUGAGAUGGCAGAACCAUCACCAAGAUCUGUUAGUGGUAGAUUUCAAAUGAAUUUUACAUUAGAUGUUAGUGGUUGUGCUGAUGGUAGACCAGUAUUAUAUUUAGAACAUGUUCAAGUUAUAUCUACAAUAAGAUAUUCUAAAAGAGGUGAUCUUAAAUUAACAUUAUUUUCUCCUAAGGGUACAAGAUCUGUCAUACUACCAAUACGUCCACAAGAUUAUAAUAGUGAUGGUAUUCAUAAAUGGCCAUUCCUUUCUGUUCAAAUGUGGGGUGAAGAUCCAAGAGGUAUAUGGACAUUAAUGAUUGAAUCAUUUACUACUGAUAAUACAAUUGGUGGUACUAUUCAUGAUUGGGAUUUACUUUUAUAUGGAACUGAAGAACCAGCUCAACCAUCUGAUCCAAAAUAUCCUCCUGCAGUACCAUCAUCACGUAAAGUAAUACCAGAAAAAGGAUUCUUUGAAUCUGCAAGUGAAACAUUACAAAAACAGGAUAAUGAACAUGAUAAUAUAACAUCAAUAAUUAAUAAUAAGGAGGAAAAAAUUUUGGCAUUUGGUGAUAUUACUUCUGUUGGAAAUUGUCAUGAACAAUGUUUAGGAGGUUGCAGUGAAAGUAAAAGUGCUGUUUCAUGUUUUGCAUGUAAAGCUUUUACACAAAGUUUAAGAAAUAAAUAUGGUUUUAAGUGUGUUGAAAAAUGUGAAGAAGGUUAUUAUAUUGAUGGUGAUAAAUGUAAGCAGUGUGGAAUACAUUGUAAAACUUGUAGUAAACCUGAAAUUUGUCAGACAUGUCAUGGUGCUCAAUUGUUAAUUGAUGUUGAUCAUUGGGGACAUUUUGAUCAUGGGCAAUGUGUAGAUAAUUGUCCAGAAGGACUUUAUGCUGAUUAUGAUACAAAUAGUUAUCAAGCAAGGUGUAUUCUAAAGAAGAAUCAAUGUGCAGAUGGAUAUUACAAUCCAUUUACAGGAAAAGGAUGUUCCGUUUGUGAUCCAGCUUGUCGUAAAUGUCAUGGUCCAGGACUUCAAAUGUGUGAUGAAUGUGCUAGUGGUUUUGGAAAUAGAACAUUAGGAUAUUGUAGGAAAUGUUGUGGUGAAAAGGAGGAUCCUCAUUUAACAAGAUGUGAAGAUUGUGCUCAUUACCCUCCAGAUGUAAAAAAAGAAACAGAACAUUAUUUUUCAUUGUCUAUUUUAUUCAAAAUAUUUUUGAUUGCAAUAAUAUUAACAGGAGGAGUUAUUUUUUGUAUUUUUAAAAUAACUGGAUCAGAAUUUAAUAAUUCAAUAAGAAAUAGAAGUUCAAAUUACACACAACUUCCUAUAAUUUCUUCCUCUAAACUUUUAAUAUCUGAAGAUGACAGUGAAUCUGAAGAGGAAUCUGAUGUCACUUUACGAGUAUAG